UCUGGAGGUUUUAAAUAGUUGGCAUGUGAGGAGAAAAAGUCAAACUUAUAUUUUACAAGCUGUAAUACAAUAUUAUUCUAUGCCCUCAGCCUGAUCUCAGACUAACUUGAGAUUUUCAGUCACUUUUGCAAAUAUUUAAUUCUUGUCCAUAUAUUGAACUUAGAAGCGCCUGGCUGAGCCUUUCCUAGCAACAAUUUGUGAAGAUUUUCAGCGUUUAUUUUUUCACUUCUCCCAACAUGUCUGGAAUAAAUAAGACCAAGGUUUACCAGGGAGUGAGAGUCAAGACUACUGUGAAAGAAUUACUACAACAGAGGAGGGCGCUUCAGGCAGCCGAAAGAGCAACGCAGAUAUAUCAAAGUACCGAUAACAGCGUACAGUUUCCAAGUCACACAUCCUUUGCUGCUCCAUAUUACACAGCCCCUGCAAACACAGCUGAGACCAACUGUUUCCAGCCCGGCCAGUAUACGGACAACUUUUCAUACGAGCAGAUGGUGUCUAAUGCUUUGGAAAACCAGCAGAUUAUGGAUAUGCUCAUGCAACCAGACAAUUACACGGCAAGCGCACUGUAUCCUAUGCCAAUCGCCCAGCACGGCUCCUAUGGAAACUACCAGCAAGGAGCUGACCAUUACAACUCAGCAAUGGCACCCAGUUCUAUAUCUGACUCUUCCAAUGUAUCCAGCCCGGUGGAUUACAGCAGUUAUUCACCUCCGCAGAGUUACUCGUCCGCAUCGUCGAGUUACGGCUCCCCCACCCACGUGGACCCGCGGCACUACGGUUCGAUCCCAGAAGAUUGCCACUCCCACCACUGCACGCUUCCAUACGGCUGCUGCUUGUCGCAGGCUCCCAGUCCCCAAGCCCACAUGAAUCAGCUUCCUGAACACAUCCCAUACUCCACCUCCGACUGCUUAUAUUCCUCCGCCAUGGCAGAAGAGAGCUUUAUUAGGCGAGAACCGAACAACUGGGAUAUGUGCUACCUUUAAAGCUGUUAAAUACGGGUUAUAGUUGUGUGGCUGUGGUCGUACCUGUACUGCCAAUAGAAAUCAAGACUGUCAGGAACAAUUACGUCAUGUUUGGAGUGCCGAUGUAACGAACGCGGCUUAAGAAUGACCGCACCAUGAACCGCUUGUCCCCAUUGAAGUGAAUGGAUGUUGACCGUUGAGCAAAUGUUAUGUUUUUAUGUCCUGUGGGUUUUUUUUUUUAAUCUUGUAUAUUUUUCAAUUUUGAACACAUUUGUACAUAUAUUUUUGUUUUGUUUUUAUCAUGAACAACAAUAAUAAUAAUAAAAUCCUAUAAAACAU